AUGCUCAGAACUUUGAGGUCGACCAGUCGGCUGAACCUGAUUCCAGUGCGAUGGAACUCCACCGCCAGUCCGGCUUCGCCGCCCUUAAUGGCCAGAAUUAGAUCUGAUCUCAAGGUUGCCAUGAGGGCGAAGGAUACGGCCAGAUUGAAUGUCCUUCGCGCGCUGAUCUCGGAAACAAAUAACUCCGCAAAGACCUCAUCGCCGAUCCAAACAGACUUGCAAUUGCUGUCGCUCAUCCGAAAGCGUGCGGCUGCUGCCAAAGAGGCAGCAAAACAAUUCGCAGAGGCCGAUCGGCCCGAUUUGAAGGAGAAGGAAGAUGCACAGGUCGCAAUUCUGGAGGAGUAUGCCGGCAAAGUGGAGACGAUGAGCCUGGAAGACAUCAAGGCCAUUGUCUCGCAGGAAGUUUUGAAAUUGAAGGAAGCCGGCAAGAAGGUCGAGGUCGGCGGUCUGCUCAAGUCUCUCUUUGCUCCUGGAGGUGCCCUGGAUGGCAAGCCUGCAGAGAGAGCCGAAGUUGCGAAGAUCGCCAAGGAGGCCGUCGCUUCCGCGUGA